UCAUCAUACGAUAUUCACGUAUACACCUACUUACUUUAUUCUUACUUGCUUGGAAAGUUGGAGGGUAUACAACACACAACGUGCAAAGAAAGAGGUAUACAUAGGUAUACACCUUGUGCAUCAGCAAAUAAUAAAUAUUGCAUGGCCUUUUCCCGUUGGUUGUACUUACUUAGAUCAUCGUCGUCAACGUGUUGCGCUGUUGCAUUUAUAUAGUAUAAGCACCACGUGAAGGAUACUUCAUCACACCGAAUAUAGGUAGACGAGCCACGAGCGAUUGACUGAGUGUGGACGUACUUGGACAUCAGUCAGAGGUAGCGAGGUCCUUUUCAUCAGCUAUACUUACAUUUGCGAGUGAUCAUCACUUACACCAACUCCUGUAGUAUUAAGGAGCCCAAUGUGGGUGGAAGUGAGAUGGCAUCAAGGGAGAAGCGAGCCCUAGCGCCUUCGAAAUCAAGACAGAAGGCUAAUAAUGAUAGUAGCACUGGUAACAGCUUCUCGCCAACAGCAGCAACGGAAAGCUCCACUCCCACGGGCAACAAUCGCGUCAGAAAGCUAACAGCGGCCCAGCUCAGAUUGUCGUCACAGCAGCUCGUCGUCACGAAUCAAAGCUUACGUGGUGGUAGUGGUAACAGCCACCAGGUAGCAGCCCCCCGCGAUAGUAUCUUUGAGGUGGUAGCCACGAGCAGCCAGUUGCCAGUGAAAAUCGAAGCGGCCAGUUUGCCGCGAAAACGCGCGGCUCUGCAGACGGCCCUCAAGAGGAAGCAAAGGGCCAGGAAGACGCUUAUCAAGGUCAAGCAGAAGCAACAGCAGGUCAUCACCAAGGCUGGACUUAAGCGCAUUGCUGCCAUCGAAGCUAAAAUCGGUGGCCUCAAAGGCAGGAGGAGGAAUAAUAACGCGCUCGUUGACGCCAUCGAGGAGACCAAGUACAAGUGCAAAACUACCAAGAAGAAUAAGACGCUGGUUAAGGCCGAGGUGCACCGAAGCGAGGAUCAGACCAGUCCGAAAUUAAGCAGGAGAGUCUUGAAUAUCUCGCAGAAGGGGAAAAAAAGCGUAAAGGCAGUGACACCGCGCAAGCAGAAAAAUAUUUUGGAACAGAUUAAGAAGGAGUCGGAAAUCAUACAGAUUAAGCAGGAGAUCAAGUCGGACAGUGAAGACGAGGUGAGACGCGAGGAGCAAGUGUGGGACGACAACGUCUUUUCUAUCAACGAUACGAUUGAGGAGGUCAUAGCUUCCUCGAUGCUGGUUGAACCCAACGUCGCACAUAUCAAGGUCGAAGAGUCUGAGGGGAAGAAAAACGCGAGGAACGCUACUAUUGCCAAACGGAGUCUGAGAAACGGCAAGCUCCUCCAGACUACGGUUAAAGUUGAAACAGACUCAGCCCACAAGAGAAUCAAUAUGUCGGAAGCAGGUGUAGAAAGUGGCCUGGAAUCGAAGCCGGUAAAUCUCGAUGUCGAGGGGGUGUUCGUCAAGGUCGAAGCUCAAGCGAGCGAGGACGAAAACUUUUUGGCGACGAACAAUCACUGUGGCAGCGAGAGCUCCGAGCACGAAACGAACAAUAAUGGUUUCGACGAGAACAGCUUGGCUACGACUAACGCCGAGAUGGGUCCGACGUUACGUUCCAAGACGAAAGCUCGAAACUCAGAUAGCAGCAGCGAAACGGGUGAGGACAUAAAACCCACGAUCAUCGCCAGUAACAAGAUAGUCGAUAUGGACUUGGUGAAAAAAGAGCGAACUCACACCAAGUUGACCGAAGUGAGGAGCAGUUCUGCAGCCCAAAACAACGCCACACUCAAGGGUCGCAGGAGCAGCCUGAACAUCGACGUGCGGCGUAACCCGCUCUGCAACGAAAAGUUGAGUGGCAAGGAUCUAGAUGACAUGGUCAGUCAGAUCAAGUUCAACAUCAGCAAGGCCAUUGAGAGUAAGGUGAUCUUCAAACCCGAGAACAAAACUCCGGUUCUCCUUGCCAAGAACUUUGACGUGAAAGUUGAGGAGGUAGUCGCGUCCCUAAGCAAUGAUUCAACCCAAUCGAGAUUGGACGAGGAUACCGAGGAUAACGCCGCUAAUAACAGAGAUUUGGGUAUCGGACCGAGUUUGACGAACAAAGAGUUGAACUCCGAGGACACGGAAAAUUCGGUGCCGAGAGUGGCCGACACUGCCAAAGAAAUCGAGAAACUAGUCAUGGGGGACAUUGAGUCGGUCGACUCUAAGCCUUCGGAGGACAACGACAAGCCACUCGUCGAUGCGACAACGUCGACUGUAGCUGCUGUUACCGUAGCUGCCGCUGUAAUCGUAGCUGUCGCCGAGCCGGCUGAAGUCGAAAAGAAGCAGACCGAUAAGGACUCCAGCGCCGAGAGCUGUGACAAUUUGGAAAAAGACAAGCAACAACAGCAGCCCGAGAGCACGAAAAAGGCAACGAUCUGCAUAAAGCGAAAAUCGCCGAGAUCGGGUAAAAGUGGCUCGUCGGAUAUCAAGAAACAACGCUUGUGCAAAGAGCCCAAGGAGGAAGCGACCGAGGCUGAGAAGGAGAAGGAGGAAGUGGCCGAAACCACGAUAAUUGAGGCGUCAAAUAAUACCCUUGAUAGCGAAAUAACUAACGAGGGUCACAACAUAGAGGAUAAGACUGCUGUUCCCGCGAUGAAAGAACCAACGGAAGCAGCCAAUAGCACAGAGCCGCUCGUCAAAACAAAAUCUAAUGCUUCAUCGGAAAAAAUGAUCGCCGAUCUUAAUGAGAACAAGAAUAAGUGCGGAGAAACACUUGAAAGUUUAUCUCGAGAAGUCGAGCGUCUUGUCGAAGCAGAUGACGGUGAAAACCAGAAAGUUAAGGUGAAGCUGAUUGAAAUCGAUGAGAACGAGAUGUCGUCCGACGAGAUGCGACUGGUGAUCGAUGAUUCCGUUUUCGAAUCCGUGAGUGAAGCCGCGAAAAAAGAGCCGACAAGCUGUCAACCACAAACUAACGCUAACAAAGAAGGCUGUGAUCAAGGGAGCACAACUGAACGCUCGAGUGACGUACAAAAGGUCGACGGCGUUGCGGUUGAGUCAACAAAUGUUGGUGUUCGAGAGACUCCAGGAUCGGGGAAAACCGAUGCCGAUUCGGAUGCAAAGUCCGAAAGUAAGGCGACCAAGGCUUCAAAGUCGGUGGAAACUGGAAAAGUCGAGGAGCAAAGGGAGACAACUCGGCGGUCGCUCAGAACGAGAGGCGACAAGCAGAAAAAGGUCGAGAUCACGAAACCAGUUCCUACUGCUCACGAUAAGUCUGAUAAAAAGUCCGAAGAUGCUGCCACCUCUGCCGAAGUGCCUUCUAACAAUACACAAAGCAACGUUGAUUCCGUCAAAAAUAGCCAAAAGGUAGAAAACGAUAGCUUGCCAAGCGAUGUCGUUAUUAAAGAAGAACCCAAAGAUCAACCUCAGGAGCCAAUAAUUCGUACGCGCCGUAGCCGCGAAGUUAAACGAACGCCAGUCGUCACAAAAUCCAAACGCAGUUUGAAAAAGCAAGAACCUAAGAAAACUGACUCACAUCAAAACAAGGAGGACUCAUUGCUCGACAACGAGGUAGCCAAAAUCAAUGAGAACAAUCGAAGGCCUCCCUCUUACCUUCAAUGUAACGACAGUCUGCGAGUGGUAUCAGCGAACGCCGACUCUGGGGAGCAAAAGCACGCGGAUGCCAAGAAUCGAAGCAAAUCCGAAAACGACUUAGCCUCGUCAUCUGCGAUAACUGCUGAAGAUGUGGCUAUCGCGUGUUCAGAGGCUGUAAAUACAGACGAAGGAUCAACGGACGGUGAUUCGUCGAGUAGUGCCGAACCAAUUCAAGAGUCUCCAGAAGAUCGUGCAAAGAAAGAGGCUGUUUUAAGACAGUUGGGUCUAGAAUCGUGGGAAAGGGUGAAGGAGAGAGAAGCUAAAAAGGGCGUGGAUGUCAAGAGCGAGUCUCCGAAACAGCAGUCGUCUGGAUCGCUCAAAACUGUCAUACGAUUGCAGAAGGAGAAAGAGAGCAAAAAGAGACCGAGGUCGCCCAUCAAGAUGGUUUUUAAUAAGCAAGGACGCGUGGACGGCGAGGAGUCCUCCGAGUUCUACCAAUAUACCAUCCAGAAGGAGACGGAAUCCACUGGUUUGGGAGAGAGCAGUUCUGGUGCGAAUCGAAAGUUACCUACUAAUCCCAGACACUCUAGCGACAACGCUGAUGAAAACGAGGAAGCACCGUUAAAAGAUCGCCAGUCAUUGGUUAUCCCUGAAAAGUCCUCGUCCUUUUCUAUUCAUCCAGAACGGUUGUGCUCUGACAAUUGUUGUUAUUGUUAUGGGAAAUUUGGCUCUUUGGAUACGCCUAUGCACCUGGCUCAGAUGAAGUCUGACGAACGUAGGAACAAAAUUCUCGUCAUUGAGACUCACAUCACUCCAGACUCAUGUCUUUGCGAUGCUUGCUAUCGACACAUCGACCGGAAGGCAAAUGCAAGCCCGACGACUCUGCUGAUGAAGCUGCCACGCAGAAAUACUCACUUCCAAGAAACAAAGUGUAUAGUUCAGGAAUGCAACGCACCAGUAAAAAGUCAUGUAAAGCGCCGUUGGCUCGUUAAAAUUAAAAGACAUUUAAUGGAAAGGUCUUACCUUGACAAAGUUAAAGACAAAAAAGAAGAUGAAGUUGACAGGAGAGAUGAAGACAUUAAAUGGAAGGUCAACAUAGAUUGGAAGGCUGCACAGCACAAUUUGGUACCUUUUUGUGAGUCUCAUUACAAUGAAAUUGCGUGUUUUCUCAAGUGCGUAUUGUGCCAGCGCCGUCUUCCGCGAAACAGUUAUUUCUUUUUACCAUUAACCGAGUCAACGAUCAAAGAGCUGCAUCCACGCAUCUGGGAAAUGGGAAUUCCAACGGUCAUCUAUCCAGAUUCGUUUUACUGCAAACUGUGCAAGUUUUUCAUGAAGCUGAUACUCCAACCGUUGGACUCUCUAAGCGAGAAUAACAGGCAUUACUUAGAAAAUUACGGUGAGAGGAUUGGAAAUCGUUAUACAGGUGGAUGCGUGAGCGAGGAAGAGGGCGAGCAGGAAUUGUCUGUGAAUCAAUCGGACAGGAAGAGAAAGGACAGACCAGACAGGCUAUCGAUCACCAUUACUAAUAAAAAAUUCAAGCCAAACCGUAAGCGUUCAAAGUCACCGAUUGAUCGCAUCGAGACUUUGUCAACCUCAGCUUCCGACAAAUCAACGCCAGAGCCGCCUCAUCAUGAUGUUAUUGAACCUGAAGUGACGAUAAAGGAGGAAGGCUCUGUUGUGAUCUCGUCCAUAGCCAAUACAGAGUCGCGGUGCAUGAGUAUCGAGGGAGCUAUCGAAAAGUUGAAGAAACGCAAGAACCUUGACACUCUAGGCCCGACUCUGAUACACCAAAACCCAAGCGACGUCAUGCAAAUCCUCACGAAGGAUAAGGAGGUCACGCUAACUGUUCUGCCAAAGAAAUCACGCUUAGACGUCCCAAGCAACGAUAUUACCCCUGUUGUCCAACGACUCGGCAACAACCCUUCUAUAAGUGUGCGCACCUUGUUCCCCGGUGAAGAAGAAAUGAAUUUGCAAGCUGGCGUUGAAUUCAAUAACGUCAGAGAGGUCACACCGCAAGGUUGGGAGAAGUGCAUGACAGUUGUUCAGUACGACAGGGAUACAAAGCUGCUGUGGCAAGAACUACAGAGGCCUUACGGCAACAUGAGUAGCUUUUUACGGCAUCUUGUUCUUUUGGAAAAAUACUACAGGUCUGGCGAUUUGAUUCUUGCCCCAAAUGCUUCAAGAAACGCGAUAAAUUAUUCCACUUCGGUUCAGAAUCGUCUCAUCUCCUAUGAAGGCCCAGAGAAAAUGGACGAACCGAUGUCGGUUGAUCCAACUGUUGAUCUCAACAACUCACGGCGCCUGAGUGGUGGUUACAUACUCGAGAAUCGUUCUUACGUUCCACAACACUUGAGCACAAGUUCUUCGAGUUCGAGUAUUGCCAACAUACCAGCACAAUUAUCUAAACUUGAGCAUUCAUCAUCGAAAGUAUUGAAGCUCACACCUAUGGUUUCGAUCACCAAAAAGCCACCAUCAAACUUGCAGCGACCAAACGCAAGUGGGAGUGAUGUGAAUGGAAGUGCCAAGAGAAAAGAAACGAUACCCAUACAGAAAGUACACGGUGGAAGUAAUACAGUGCCGUUGAGCGGUAAAAUGAUUCAGCUCUCGGAGCCUGACUUCAGGAAGUACCAAAACCUCAAAAGACAGAAGCAGAUAAUGAAUGUCAAGCAGAGCAGGUCGAAUCUUUCUUCUAGCUCAGGUAGCACAGGUCAAGGCUCGUACGGUAAACCUAGCUCUGUGUAUAUUCAGAAAGCCCAACAGCUGCUCGCCCAGCAGCAUCAGCAGUCGCAGUUUCAGAAGCACCUGCGUAUGCAGCAAGAGAUGUACGCCCAGCGCAGUCGUAGUGACUUUGAGCCUUUAGUUUGCGAUAGAUUGGCAAAUGAAAACACUCCUACGCAAAAUUAUAUCCACACGCUGAACCUGCCCAAAUCGAUUCAAGUGACGACCAAGACGACAAGCACGAGUGGAUCAGCGCCGACGGCUACGAGCACGCCCAUACCAAUUUUGCCGAAGAUCCCCAAAAGUUUAACCGUUAUACCGCAGACGGUGUCGCGGAUACAGCAAGGACAUGAUAAGUGAUACCAAACCAUAGCACGACGGC